UCAAUGCAAAAAAAAACCCCACAAAAAUUUCCUAUCAACAUAUUAUGAUCAUCAUCCUAUACCUCUUCUUUUUUUCUCUCAUUUAAGUCCAUUUCUUCUUUUACACUAAAAUCUUCCCAUAUGUUUAAGAUGGAAUGUAGAGAAGCAACCCCGUCCGCCGUUGCUUCUCCGAAUUCUUCGAACCCGUCAUCCCCUUCGACACCUACGUCUCCGCCGGUCGUCAUUAGUCCUUGUGCUGCUUGCAAGAUUUUGAGGCGAAGGUGUGCCGAUAAAUGCAUGUUGGCCCCGUAUUUCCCUCCAACCGAACCGGCUAAGUUCACCAACGCUCAUCGGGUUUUUGGUGCUAGCAACAUAAUCAAGUUCUUGCAGGAACUUCCAGAGUCACAAAGGGCCGAUGCAGUAAGUAGCAUGGUGUACGAAGCUAGUGCGAGGAUCCGAGACCCGGUGUACGGCUGCGCUGGGGCAAUCUGCCAGUUGCAGAAGCAAGUCAACGAGCUCCAAGCACAGUUAGCCAAAGCUCAAGCCGAAGUGGUCAACAUGCAGCUACAACAAGCGAACCUCGUGGGGGCUUUGCUUUGCAUGGAGGCGACUGCGCCGCCUCCUCAACCGCAUCCCCAACAACUCGCCGUCGACACCUUCAUGUGUAGCCCACAAAGCUACCAUAGCAAUCCCGGCUUCAUCGACGACGACGACGACAACAACAACCUAGGAUCCUUAUGGGAGCCUCUUUAGACAUAACUGAUGUCAAAGGUCCCAUGAAACUCUUCUAAAGGAGAAGUUGAAGGACAUUAGAUUAAUAAAGGCCAAGUUACGAUUCUAGUCCCUCUAUUAUACUCAAAUUUCAUAUUUAAUCCUUAUACUUUAAUUUGACAUAAAAUUAUUCUAAUUUA